AUGGCUGUCCAUUUCUCCCUGGAGGAGUGGGUUCUCCUGAGUCCUGAUCAGAAAGCCUUGCACGUGCAGAUCAUGGAGGAGAUUCAUGGGAUGGUGGACUCUCUUGCAGAUAACUGGAACACUAAACAUUUGGGACUCAAUGGGGGCCUUCCUAGACACCAGCAACCCCACAGAGAAGAAGCUUCUGUUAGAGAAAAGCCUUACAAAUGCGAUGUAUGUGGGCAGUGUUUUACCCAAAAUGUGGGACUUGUACUUCACAAGACACUCAGUGUUGGGAAAAGCCAUUGUCAGUUGAAAGCAUCAGCAAAAUGGAUUGCUGCUUACAAACUGCCAGAUCUGAGCCAACAAGAAAUCUUUGUAGGAACUCAAGAUUUCAUAAACCAGGAGUGUGGGACACGUUUUGCUGACGGUUCACAAUUGAUGAGGCACAAAAAGAUCCACACAAGAAAGAAGUCAUACCAAUGCAAGGAGUGUAAGAAAUGUUUUCCUUCGGAGUUAUCACUUCUCAGACACUGGAGUAUCCAUACAGGAAAGAAACCAUACCAGUGCCAGGAGUGUGGGAAAUGUUUUGCUCGCAGUUCAAACUUGGUGAGUCACAAAAGACUCCACACAGGAGAGAAGCCAUACCAAUGCCAGGAGUGUGGGAAAUGUUUUGCUCAGAGUUCACAUUUGGUGAAGCACAAAAGACUCCACGCAGGAGAGAAGCCAUAACAAUGCCAGGAGUGUGGGAAAUGUU